GUACCGGAGGUCUCGCUCUAGGAUCACUUCUUCCGGUCUCCCCGUUUUGGUCGCGGAAAUAUGACGUCACGUCCGGUCUUUUGGUAGUCAGCACUUCCGGUUGAGGCCUAGUCCGGAGGAUGAGAGGAGCCGCCAUGGGGCGGGGGAGGUUCUCAGUGCUGGCGGAGCUGCGGCGUCGGUGACGAUGGCUACCUCUGAGUGGAUCCAGUUCUUCCGUGACGCUGGGAUCCCCCCCGGCCCUGCUGUCAGUUACGCCGUCACCUUCGUGGACAAUCGCAUCCACAAGCACAUGUUGCUGGACCUGACCAAGGAGCUGAUGCACGACCUGGGCAUCACCCUGGUGGGCGACGUCAUCGCCAUCCUAAAACACGCCAAGGUGGCCUAUAAGCAGGAAAUGUGCCGUGCAGCCACCGAGGCGCUGACCCCCCCCAGAGCCCCCCCGGAGCCACAGAGACGCUGCGCUAAUAGCGCUGCAGGUCGGAUGAUCGCCAACAGCCUCAGCAGAGACCCCCCCUCCAUCUCCAUCACGGUCCCCAAUCACAGUACAGUAUAUCCCCCCCCGCCGCAACCGGAAGUGGCUGAGGCCUACACUUCCGGCUGCCACUCACCGCCGCUGACCUAUCCCCCGGAAGUGAGUGAGGCCUACACUUCCGGCAGCCACUCUCCGCUGCUGCCUUAUACCCCGGAAGUGAUUGAGGCCUACACUUCCGGUUGCCACUCUCCGUCGAUGACCUAUCUCCCGGAAGUGAGUGAGGCCUACACUUCCGGCGGCAACUCUUUUGGCCGCGCCCUUCCCGUUUUCACCCACCACGCGUGA